AUGCAGCUACAGGACUCCGACAACUACCAGGUGCUCGAGGAGCUUGGCAGCGGCAGCUUCGGCGUCGUUUACAAGGCCAUUGAAAAGUCCACCGGCGAGAUUGUCGCCAUCAAGCACAUCGACCUUGAGGGCAGCGACGAUGACAUUCGCGAAAUCCAGCAGGAGAUUGCCCUGCUCAGCACCUGUGCCAGUGACUUCGUCACCCAGUACAAGACCAGCUUUGUGCGCGGUGUCAAGCUAUGGAUUGUCAUGGAGUUCUUGGGCGGUGGCUCGUGCCUCGAUCUGAUGAAACCGGGCCCCUUUCGCGAAGCCCACACGGCCAUCAUCUGCCGUGAGCUCCUCCUUGGCCUUGACUACCUCCACCAGUCCGGCAAGAUCCAUCGUGAUAUCAAGGCUGCCAACAUCCUCCUCGCCCAGAACGGCAAGGUCAAGAUCGCCGACUUUGGUGUCGCUGCUCAGCUGACCAACAUCAAAUCUCAACGCAUGACCUUCGUCGGAACACCCUACUGGAUGGCACCCGAGGUUAUUCAAGAGAUGGGCUAUGACUUCAAGGCCGACAUCUGGUCGCUGGGAAUCACUGCCAUCGAACUGGCAAAGGGAGAGCCGCCUCAUGCCGACACCCAUCCCAUGAAGGUUCUGUUCCAGAUUCCCAAGGCGGCUGCCCCACGCCUGGAGGGCAGUGAAUUCUCCAAGGAUUUCAAAGACUUCGUUGCCUCCUGCCUCGUCAAGGAUCCGGACAGGAGACCCACUGCCAAGGAGCUUCUUAAGCAUAAGUUUAUCCAACGUGCUGGGAAAGUCGAGGCCCUGCAGGAGCUCAUCGAGCGGAGGAGAAUGUAUGAUGCGAGAAGCACCAAGCACUCUCAUCCCAAGUAUUACGAGGAGACAAUGCGCAAUAUGCCCGCCAACUACGAGGACGAGGAAGAGGAUGAUGAGUGGGUCUUUGAUACCGUUAAGCCCAUCAAGACUCAGAGAAAGCGGAUUCCUUCCCGGGCCGAUUUCCCUACGGAGCUGAUGGAGAAGCUCGACCUCGACUCCACGCCUCUGAGCACGUCUGCCCCAAGCAGUGGCUUCAAGACGGGCACGGCCCUCCGACGGCCGUCAUCGAGGCACUCGAAUGCAACCUUCAACCAAGGAUCGGCCCCCUCGACCGCUCGCCGGAACAGCGCCGCCCGCGAGCCCCUGGCCGUUGAUAUGUCUUUCGGAAAUGGCCACUCGACUGUUCGCCAGUUCCGCCGUGACUCUUCAGCUGCACUUGAGUCGCACCCAGAAGAGGUCUCCUCCCGCUCUUCGAACAUAAAUGCUUCCUUCUCCUCAGCAGAUACGCUGAUUUCCGAGCAGAACGAAAACACUCCACCGCUAACUGGAGGUGCCCCGGGCACAGUGUCUCGGCUGACCAAGGAAUCGCUCAUGGGCCGUCGUGCCUACGUCAAAGCCGUAGAUGGCGCCUUCCAAGAGACCCAUGCUCAGACCGGUUCCCAGCAGAAGCGAGAUGCUCUGGCGAAAGCCGCACAGGCUUGGUCUGCACUGGACAGGGUAGACCCAGAAGGCGAAUUCCUGCUCCUGCGCAACAUGAUCGACAGGAUUCAGGCAGAUCCAAAACUGGCAGCCGCCCUGGGAGUGGCUCCAUCUGGUAUGCCCAACGUGCCGAUGACCCCGACAAAGAGCCACGCCCCUGCUGUUCUUUCGCCUACCUCAUCCAAUCACAAAACCAAUGAUCCGUUCUAUGAUUCAAACUUGUCUCCCCCGGCCUCGGCAAGGAGCAAGCUUCUCAUAGCCCAAAACAGCCCGCAUCUCAAGUCGAACCACCGCCGUCGCCAAAGCGCCAUUAGCGUCGCCAGCAGUGACCACAGCAGCAACAGCAGCAACGCCAGUAGCGAAGGGCGCAGGGGCUCUGCACACAUUGAUGAGCGGAAACUUCCUGGUUACAGCAAACCCGGUAUGGACCACACUAGCGACCUCGCCAACGUUUUGUAUGGGCGGUGGACCGAGGCCCUGGCAAACAGGUGGAGUAGGUUCUGA